UGAUUUUUUUUUUUUUUUUUUUUUUUUUUUUGGUUACACGGUGAAUUUCAUGGAUCCCGCCGAAACAAACAUAGAGGUAGGAGUGCCAAUCGCCGAAGGAGCUCUUCAACGACCACCCCGCUGGUGCGUAGAGCAAACAUCACGCUUCGGAAUUCAAAGCGGCUUCAAAUUUCACGAAAGUGAAACGGAGAACUUGAAGUGGAACGAAGGAGGUGGAGGUGGAGGUGAGGUGGUGGGUGAGUGAGAGUGGUCAACGUCCUUCUUCAAGUUGGAAGCUCGCAGCUAUGGCGGCAGUUGAUAUGGAGGGCGGAGGGGGAUGGAAGCAACGACAUGGAAGUCGACGACAAGUCUCCCUCUCGGCGGCCUGGGAAUUUCCCCUGCUGCUGCUCCUGAUUGCUCUCAUCCAGCUGACUGCGAUGGCAUCGGCUGCGUGCUGUGACGGCAAGGGUACUGGUCUUUUUGCGGACAAAGUGGCGGGCUGCAGGCAAUUCUGCAAUUGCGUUAACGGGCAAGGAGUUUCACAGCCCUGCCCUGCGGGGUUGCUGUUUAAUGAAGCUAUAGGUGUCUGCGAUUGGCCUCAAAACGUGAACUGUGCGGGGGCAUCUCCUCCUCCUCCUCCUCCUCCUCCUCCUCCUCCUCCCCCACCUCCUCCUCCUCCCACUGAUCCGAACGCCCGUCCGAAGAUGGACAGCAUAUUGACGUCGAACCUGUACGAGACUAUCUUCAAACACCGUAACUCGUUUUAUACGUACGACGCGCUCAUUAGUGCGGCCGCGUAUUAUCCUGCUUUCGCUACAGAAGGUACACUCGAUCAGCGAAAGCGAGAGGUAGCGGCCUUCCUGGCACACAUCAGCCACGAAACAACGGGCGGGUGGCCCACCGCCCCAGAUGGGCAGUAUGCAUGGGGUCUAUACUUCAAGGAAGAGGUGGCCUGCGCUCCAGGUGGCACCGCGGCAGGGUCCGACGCAUGUAAAUAUUGUGUGGCGAGCACGGAAUAUCCUUGUGCCCCUGGCAAGACUUACCACGGCCGCGGUCCAAUACAGUUAUCUUACAACUACAACUACGGGUUGGUGGGAAAUCAUCUUAAUCUUGACCUUCUGAACGACCCCGAUUACGUCACGCGAGAUGCCGUCGUUGCGUUCCGCACUGCGAUCGACUUCUGGAUGACGCCACAGGCACCCAAGGAAGCGAUCAUUGGUUCCACCAGAACAUCCAGCACCAUCGCUGAUAUCGCGCCUCAGAGUUCCUUUAGUCCUUUUCUCGCAGAUCAGUUGGCAACCGCCUCCAGCCUGGUCUUGAGUGACUACGAGAACCACAAUUAUAACAAGAUCGAGGAGGGAACUGACCUGCCAUAAUGCUCAAACCAGAAUGAAGCUAGCCUCAGAGU